AUGUUUCACUCUCAGAGGAGCAUAGGUCAUCAACGUCAAUCCUUCAUCAAACUCGGCUUUGGGUUAUCAUCAUUGCUUCUGUCCAAUUGCUUCUCUAUCUCUUUAAUUCCUUCUCAGAGUCAUGUCUCUAGGUAUUUCUUGGCUGUCCUCUCUCUCUUUUUCCCCUGUGGUUCCAAGUCACGGCUUGGUAGCCGAAAAAUGCAAAGUGAUGAUCAAUUUAUAGCUGCAUCAAUUGGGGACACUGAAUGGCUUCAACAAAGUGUUUAUAAAGGAACAGUAAAGUAUGACAAAAAUGGCCUGACUGCACUGCACCUGGCAGCUAUGCAUGGGCAUUUAGCCUGCAUGAAACUUUUAGUUGAAAAAUAUGGUUUUAAUGUUGAUUUAACAGCAGAGAAUGGCUGCACACCUUUACAAGCUGCUGCCAACAACGAAAAUGAAAAUUGUGCAUUGGAUUGCGUGUAUUAUUUGCUGGAUAAGGGAGCUAACCCUUCAUUAAAUAGCAAUGAAGGUACCACAGCACUUCAUCAAGCAGCCAGUCAGGGUCAUUUGACCAUAUUAAAACUACUUCUUGAUUCAGGGGCCAAAGUGGAUUGUAGAGACAAUAAUGGUCACAUACCUUUAGAUUUAGCCCAGAUGUGGGGACAUGAAAGAUGUGGCAGGAUUUUAAGAGCAGUCAUGUGGCACAAUGACAAAGAUUUCCUAUUGGGUGAAGUCUGUGAUGGCCUAGUGGUAGAGGCCACUUCAGAAGAAGAGUACUUUUGGGUUCUCCUUGUUAGGCUUUGCUUGUGUCUCUUGGUUUGUUGA